GUAACGAUGAGAUGGGACAAUACAUAUUGAAACUAUAAACGAUAAUUCAUCCCUUCUUUUAUAAUUUUCCUUACUUCCUGCAACCUUCAACUUUCUCUCUCUACACCUCUCCCAAUCUCUCUCUCUCCCUCCACGGAGCGGAUUCCUCGUCCAGUUCGCAGUCGCCGGCGAGUGAGUCCACUCGCUGUCAAUUGCAUUUUCGGUAUUGUAACAAAUUGGUUAUUCUAUUUUGAACGUGACUCGCUUCGCUUCGAUCCCGGAGUUUGACUCGGUCCUGGAGCUACUGUGUGAAUGCGGAGAGUGUAAUUCAGUUUGGUUGGUUAUUUUUUAUCCUUCGGAGAAUACGGAGGCGUGGGUUAUACAUUUGGCGGAUGAGAUGGUGGAGGGAAGAGUUUGUUCUUCUAGAGAAGCUAAACUUGAAUUUUUAAAGCAUAAAAUGCUAAAAAGGAGGAAAAUAGAAGCAGAGAAUGAAUCUUACAUUGUUAGCAAGACCCUGAAUAGGAGUGGUGGUGAUGCUUUACGAACUUCUUCUCCUUGCGGUGAUAGUUUGCACAAUCAAGCUGACCUAUAUUCAAGAUUUGGCAACAGUUCCACUAAGAAUAAUGUUUUCUCAAAGAGAAAAGUGGCUAAGUUUGACACUUUAGACCUUGAAUGGACAGAGAAAGUUCCAGAGUGCCCAGUUUAUCGUCCAACUAAAGAAGAAUUCCUGAAUCCCUUAGUUUAUAUCCAAAAGAUAGCUCCAGAUGCCUCUAAAUAUGGUAUUUGCAAGAUCAUAUCCCCUGUAAGUGCUUCUGUUCCUGCUGGUGUAGUUCUUACAAAAGAGAAGGCUGGUUUCAGUUUUACAACCAGGGUACAACCACUUCGUUUUGCUGAAUGGGAUACUGAUGACAGGGUCACCUUUUUCAUGAGUGGGAUAAACUAUACAUUUCGUGAUUACGAGAGAAUGGCAAACAAGAUUUUUGCUCGUAGAUAUGGUAGUACUGGAGGCCUUCCUGCCAAAUUCAUGGAAAAAGAAUUUUGGAAUGAGAUAGCUUGUGGAAAGACUGAAAGUGUCGAAUAUGCAUGUGACGUUGAUGGAAGUGCAUUUUCAUCAUCUCCGACUGAUCCGCUUGGAAACAGCAGAUGGAAUUUUAAGAAAAUUCCUCGGCUGCCAAUAUCUACCUUGCGUCUUCUUGAAACAGAAAUCCCGGGUGUCACUGAACCUAUGCUUUACAUAGGGAUGCUGUUUAGCAUUUUUGCUUGGCAUGUGGAAGAUCAUUACUUGUAUAGCAUCAAUUAUCACCAUUGUGGAGCUGCAAAAACUUGGUACGGAAUUCCCGGUGAUGCAGCUACUGCUUUCGAAAAUGUGGUGAAGGACCAUGUCUAUGCCCAUGAUAUCUUACCUGGUGAUGGGGACGAUGCGGCCUUUGAUGUUCUUCUAGGGAAGACAACUCUUUUCCCACCAAAUAUAUUGUUAGAACAUGAUGUCCCUGUUUAUAGAGCCGUACAGAACCCUGGGGAAUUCGUAAUAACUUUCCCUAGAGCUUAUCACUCAGGAUUUAGUCACGGUUUUAAUUGUGGUGAAGCCGUUAAUUUUGCAAUGGGUGAUUGGUUUCACUUGGGAUCAAUAGCAAGUCAGCGCUACGCUCUGCUCGGAAGGAUGCCUCUCCUUCCCCAUGAAGAACUUCUGUGCAAAGAAGCAAUGCUACUACAUUAUGCAAGACCCGAACUUGAUAAACAAGAGUACACACAUGGAGAUUUGAUAUCACAGAGAAGCAUAAAGGUUUCUUUUGUUAAUUUGAUCCGAUUUCAGCAUUAUGCCAGAUGGUGCCUGAUGAAAUCAAGAGCAUGCACAACUGUUUCCUCUUUUUCCCAUGGAACAAUUCUCUGCAGCCAGUGCAAACGUGAUUGUUAUGUAGCAUAUCUAAACUGCCAGUGUUACUCGCACCCUGUAUGCCUCCACCAUGAUAUCAGAUCACUUGAUUGGCCUUGUGGAGGGAAUCCGACGCUUGCUGUAAGAGAAAACAUUGUUGAAAUGGAAGUAGCAGCCAGACAAUUUGAGGAGGAGAAGGAUAUAUUGCAGGAGUUCGAGGAGAAGUAUGGGAACAGCAAUGACUUUGGUUUACUGUUCCGCAUGUUCUCGGGAUCUGAAAAUGAUAGCUACAUCCCUUAUGGAAAGAUUUCUCUUGUAUCAGAUGAAGAAAUAUCUGGAUACCCAUCUGUUUUAACCAGUUGCAGCGAAAAUACUAGGACUGAAAUCACGGAUGCAUCUGUUUCCUGUAUGUCGUCGUCGAAAUCAACUAAAAGCCUCAACAUGAUUGCCAAAGCUGGGCAGGACCAUGGGAACUCCAACUUGGAGACUGAUAUAUAUGCAAUGCCUUUUGGAUAUUCCCAACCCUUGAACAGAAAACCUAGAUCAGAAAGGAAAGUUAUUCAGGUGGUGAACACUAGAAAUGCAAUCUAUGAAGACGAGUCAGAUUUCGAAAUAUUCAGGGUUAAGCGAAGAUCUAAAAGCAAAAUGGAAAGAAAAACUGCACGUGAUUUUACAUCUGUAAACACUGCCCAGCAGGUACUACAUUUCAUGUCUGAGUUGUUACGGCUGGGGUUUUAA